GCCGCAGGGCCUCGCGGGAGCGCGGGAAGUCUGGAUCCCUGCGCGGCGGUCGGAGCAUGAGCCUGGACCGUGAGCUUCGCCAGCUGAGCAAGGCCAAGGCCAAGGCCCAGAGCAGCGGGCAACUGCGGGAGGAAGCCGCCCUGUGCCACCAGCUGGGGGAGCUCCUGGCCAGCCAUGGUGCGUGCAUCGCGCGGGGUCCAGAGGCCCGGCACCAGCACCACUACCUGGAGCUGGCCCGUUCCCUGUCCAACCACACUGAGCUGCAAAGGGCCUGGGCCACCAUUGGCCGCACCCACCUGGACAUCUAUGACCACUGCCAGUCACAGGAGGCCUUGCUGCAAGCACAGACUGCCUUUGAGAAGAGCUUGACUAUCGUGGACGAGAAGCUGCAAAGGAAUUUGCCCAGGCGAGAGCUGAGUGAGAUGAGGGCUCGGCUCUACCUCAACCUGGGCCUCACCUUCGAGAGUCUGCAGCAGACGUCCCUGUGCAACAACUACUUCAAGAAGAGCAUCUUUCUCGCUGAGCAGAACCACCUCUUUGAGGACCUGUUCCGUGCCCGCUACAACCUGGGUGCCAUCCACUGGCGCAGGGGGCAGCACUCCCAGGCCAUGCGCUGCCUGGAGGGGGCCCGGGAGUGCGCGCGCACCAUGAAGAAGAACUUCAUGGAGAGCGAGUGCUGCGUGCUCAUCUCACAGAUCCUCCAAGACCUGGGGGAUUUUUUGGCUGCCAAGAGAGCCCUGAAGAAGGCCUACAGGCUGGGCUCCCAGAAGCCUUUGCAGAAGGCGGCUGUGUGCCAGACCCUCAAGUAUGUGCUGGCAGUGGUCCGACUUCAGCAGAGACUGGAGGAGUCUGAGGGCAGUGACCCUCAGGGUGCCAUGGGCAUCUGUGAGCAGCUAGGGGACCUGUUCUCCAAGGCAGGAGACUUCCCCAAGGCAGCUGAGGCCUACCAGAGGCAGCUGGAUUUCGCAGAGCUGCUGGGCAGGCCAGGGCCCGAGCUGGCCGUCAUCCAUGUGUCCCUGGCUGCCACCUCGGGGGACAUGAAGGACCACCGCCGGGCCGUGCAGCACUAUGAGGAGGAGCUGAGGCUGCGUGACAGCAAUGCCCUGGAGGAUGCCAAGACCUGGCUGAACAUCGCUCUGUCCCGAGAGGAGGCUGGUGACGCGUAUGAGGAGAUGGCGCCUUGCUUCCAGAAGGCACUCGACUGUGCCCAGCAGGCUCAGCAGCCCCAGCUGCAGAGGCAGGUCUUGUGGCACCUACACACCGUGCAGCUGAGGCUGCAGCCCCAGGAGGCCCCUGGCACUGAGGCCAGACUGCAGGCGCUGAGUGUGGACGAGGACGAGGCAGGCGAGGGUGAGGACGAAGAGGGCGAGGGUGAGGACAGCAACACCCUGGAGACCAGCGAAGUGGAACUCUCCGAGAGUGAAGACGAGACUGACAGCCAGUCCCAGCAGCUGGAGGAUGAGGACCUGCCGGGCUGCCUGGGCCGGCACAGGGCGAGCAAGUGGAACCGGCGCAAUGAUGUGGGGGAGACCCUGCUGCACCGAGCCUGCAUCGAGGGCCAGCUAGGCCGUGUCCAGGACCUCGUGAGGCAGGGCCACCCCCUGAACCCUCGGGAUUACUGUGGCUGGACGCCCUUGCACGAAGCCUGCAACUACGGGCAUUUGGACAUCGUCCACUUCCUGCUGGACCAUGGGGCCGCAGUGGAUGACCCAGGCGGUGAGGGCUGCGAGGGCAUCACCCCCCUGCACGAUGCCCUCAAUUGCGGCCACUUUGAGGUGGCUGAGCUGCUCAUUGAACGGGGGGCGUCAGUCACCCUGCGAACUAGGAAGGGUCACAGCCCGCUGGAGACUUUGCGGCAGUGGGUGAGGCUGUACUACAGGGACCUGGACAGUGAGACGCGACAUCGGGCUGGCGCCAUGGAGAGGCGGCUCCAGGCGGCCUCCGCGGGCCGAGCUCCCCACAGUCCCCUGGCUCUCCAGACCCUCCCAGCGGACCAUCUGUUUGACCCUGAGACCUCUCCUUCCUCGAGCCCCUGCCCAGGAUCCCCAGAGGCCCCUCAGGCCAGUGACAGGGUCUCCCAGGCACAGGCGGUGCCGGCUGUGGCCAGGCCUCGGAAGAGCAGGCACAAGCUGGCCAGCAGUAGCAGCUCAGAGGGUGAGGACAACACAGGGCCCCCCCGGCCAACCCAGAAGAGGCCCCGGCACUCUGCCCCAGUGCAGCAAGCCAGGGCCAGGAUGCCUGGCUGCACCAGCGACAGGGAGGCGGCAGCAGCAGGAGCUGGCCGGACAGCCUACCAGGCGGCCAUUCGAGGCGUGGGCAGUGCCCAGAGCUGCUGCCAGGGGCUCAUCCGGCCUCAGGGUCCAGGCGAGACCCCCACACCCCACGCGGCUCUCAUUCCUGAGGAGGAGUGCCUGGCUGGGGACUGGCUGGAAGAUGACCUGCUACUGACCCCCGGUGGCCGGAGCAGCCACCUGCUCCACCCCCAGGGCGGUGGGUAUAGCACCAGGCACAGUGCCUCGGGGUCAAGCAGUGAUGAGAACCCUGUCAGGCCGCGGGCCCGGGCCAGGCAGAGCCGGCUGUCCGUGCUCAGGGGUUGGAGUGCACGGGUCACAGCAGGCAGAGACUGCAGCUCGGCCAUGAAGCCCCCACGGAGCCCCGAUGUCCCCGGCGGGGAGAGCCUGGUGACAGGCCUGCCUACGGGACCGGUCCUGCCGCCUCCCAUCCGGGUUCGAGUUCGAGUCCAGGACAAUCUUUUUCUCAUCCCCGUCCCACACAGCAAGGAGGCCCACUCUGUGGCCUGGCUAGCUGAACAGGCUGCCCAGCGCUACUACCAGGCCUGUGGGCUGCUGCCAAGGCUCAUCCUACGAAAGGAGGGGGCCCUGCUGGCCCCCCAGGAUCCCAUCCCCGAUGUGCUGCAGAGCAAUGAGGAGGUGCUGGCUGAAGUGACUUCGUGGGACCUCCCCCCACUGCCCGACCGCUACCGCAAGGCCUGCCAGAGCCUGGAGCAAGGGGAGCACCCACAGGUGCUGCAGGCCAUGGAGCGCCAGGGCCUGGGCCCCGCGUUCAGCGCCUGCCGCCUGGCCCUGCACCAGGCUCAGCUCACACCCCUGCUGCGGGCCCUUAAGCUGCACUCUGCACUCCGGGAGCUGCGCCUGGCAGGGAACCGGCUGGGGGAUGGCUGUUCCGCUGAGCUGCUGGCUGCCCUGGGCACCAUGCCUGGCCUGACCCUCCUCGACCUCUCUUCCAACCACCUGGGCCCUGAUGGCCUGCGCCAGCUUGCUGCUGGCCUCCAGGGGCAAGCCCCCUUGCAGAACUUAGAAGAGCUGGACUUGAGCAUGAACCCCCUUGGGGAUGGCUGUGGCCUGGCCCUGGCCUCCAUCCUGCGGGCCUGCCCGGUGCUCAGCACCCUGCACCUCCAGGCCUGUGGCUUUGGCCCCCGUUUCCUCCUGAGCCACCAGACGGCCCUGGGCAGCGCCUUCCAAGAUGCCAGGCACCUGAAGACACUGUCCCUGUCCUUCAAUGUCAUGGGAGCCACCGCCCUGGCCCAGACCUUGCAGAACCUGCCUGCUCACAGCCUCCUGCGCCUAGAGCUCAGCUCUGUGGCAGCCAGCAAGAGUGACUCAAGCCUCACGGAGCCCGUGGUCAGAUACCUGACCAAGGAAAGCUGUGCUCUGACGCACCUGAGCCUGUCAGCAAACCACCUAGACGACAAGGCAGUGAGAGACCUGAGCAGAUGUCUCCCUCUCUGCCCCUCACUUGUCUCUCUGGACCUGUCUGCCAACCCCGAGGUCAGCACAGCUGGCCUGGAGGAGCUCCUGUGUGACCUCCAGAAGCGGCCACAAGGCCUGAGUUUCCUAGGCCUAUCAGGCUGUGCCGUCCAAGGCCCCCUGGGCCCAGGCCUCUGGGACAAGAUCGCCACGCUUCUGCAGGAGCUGCAGCUGUGCAGCAGAAGCCUCGCCCACGAGGAUCGGGCCGCCCUGCGCCAGCGGCUGCCCAGCCAGCCCGGCUCAGGCGCGUGCACACUGGACCAAGGCGCCAAGCUCUUCUUCCGGCGCCUCUGAGGGCCAGCGCCGCCCUGCGCACCCCCGCCUCGUCCCCCUGCCCCUAAUAAACGACUGCUGCUGCCGCCUCA